AUGUCUUCUAAGAAAGUGAAAUCGACAGACGACGCGAGUAGCAGCCAUGGCGGCGGAAGCGGCGGAGAAAGCGUGAUCGCCGAUCAUGGCCGCGGCAGAAGCACUUGCGGUUACUGCAAAUCCCCAUCGCGCUCCAGUAUCUCUCACGGUUUAUCAGCAGAGACUCUUACCGUUAGUGACUACCAAGCUCUUAUUGACCGAGGCUGGAGACGAUCUGGUUGUUAUCUUUACAAACAUGAGAUGGAUAAAACUUGCUGCCCUCCUUAUACCAUCCGUUUGAAAGCUAGUGACUUUGUUCCUUCUAAAGAGCAGCAGCGAGUUUCUAGGAGACUAGAAAGGUUCUUGGAUGGCAAACUAGAUGUGCAGCCCAGUGAAGGUACAGAACAUAAAGUUGCAACAAGUGAAGAAAAGAAUAAAGUUGAACCACUUAUGGAUGAGUUGUCUAAAAUAAUUGAUCAAGCUGUGCAAAGGUGCAUACAGAGUGGGGAGUUCCCUGCUAAGAUGCAGAUACCCAAAGCUUCAGUGAAGAAGGUUUUCUGUGCUGGAAAGAAGAAACUUGCUGAAAGAACAGAACAGCUCUUAUAUACCAGCAACAUUGCGUUUCUUAUAGCAGCUGCAUAUAAACGCGUACAGACAUCUGACAGAGGGGAGAUAAAUAAUGCAGAAGAAAACAGAUUAUCACCUGAAAUUAUUUCUGAGAUGUUGUUAACUGCGAUGAGUAAGGUGGAGGAAACUCCUGGUAUAUAUAUUAAAGUCUGUAAGGGCCAUAUAAACUUUCUCUCAGCUUCCAAAGAUAGAGAUGUUGUUCCUCAUGAUAACAUCUCGAGAGGAGCCAAUUCAACAGGUGAAGGCGAAACCGUUCAAGAAAACCACAGGACAAGGAAGCUAAAGCUGGAGAUGCGUCUGAAAAGGUCUAGUUUUGAUCCUGAAGAACAUGAGUUAUACAAACGGUAUCAGCUGAGAGUGCACAAUGACAAGCCGGGGCACGUGGUAGAAAGUUCAUACAGGAGGUUUUUGGUGGACUCUCCUUUAAUAUAUGUUAAGCCUUCAGGUGAUGAAAAGGCUCCGCCUUGUGGCUUCGGAUCUUUCCACCAACAAUAUAGAGUUGAUGGCCGUCUGAUCGCUGUCGGGGUUGUGGAUAUUCUUCCUAGAUGUUUGUCGAGUGUAUACCUAUUCUGGGAUCCAGACUAUGCAUUCUUAUCUCUCGGGAAAUAUUCAGCAAUGCAAGAAAUUAAUUGGGUCAGAGAAAACCAAGUCCUUUGCCCUACUCUUCAGUAUUACUAUCUUGGCUAUUAUAUACAUUCGUGCAGCAAGAUGACAUAUAAAGCAGCCUAUCGUCCUUCUGAGCUUCUAUGCCCUCUCCGUUUCCAGUGGGUUCCAUUUGAAGCAGCGAGGUCGCUGCUCGAUAAAAAGCCAUAUGUCAUCUUGUCCGAUAUUACCGAUUCACAAAAACAAUGUUCUUCACUACCUCAUGCUUCCGAAACUCUCGCGGAACCUAGGACAAGUGAACAUGAGGACAUGGAACAAGGGGAGACAAAUGAUCAUUUUAUGGGAUGCAGUGAUGAUGAGGAUGAGGAUGAGGAUGAGGAUGAGGAUGAGGAUGAUGAUGAUGAUGAGGAAAUGGAAUCAGAAGACUCUCAUAAUGAGUCAGACCCUGGAUCCGAAGAUAGCGACAUUAACAAUAUCCUUAUCGGUCUAUAUGGAUCCCAAUAUAGAUACAAGGAUCUACGGCAAAUGAUGAAUCCUGUAGGCCGGAAGCAACUGGAACCGAUGUUAAGAAGCUACCGCAAGGUCGUGGACGACGAGCUUUCGGAGAGAAUGGUAUAUGAAAUCAGGUAA